AUGCUGACGACCGAAGUACUCUUGAGUCAUAACCUCUGCUGCCCACAUGAUCCGAGGCUCAUGACCAGCAUCUUUGCUUUCAAAGACUCGAUCAGGCGUCUGUAUAAUUGUCAAGACAUAGGCAUGGAUAUUGAGUCGCUCCGUCUACAGCACACCUCUUUCGGUUUUGAGGUUGAAACAGACAUUCUUACACACCCGUGGGAUGAUACACUGGAUCUUUUCAAGGGAAUAGAUCCCGCAUAUUACGUGUAUGUUGUUUUUCCGCCGGUCAAUGAUCCAGAGGAGGGUAUCUACGAAAGCUUCGAAGCACUCCCAGAACUCCGUACCUUUUUCGAUCUUCAAGAUUUCAAUGUAAAGCUGAAUUCGUCACGCAUUGGUCACCGAAAAUCUACGGUUGGAAGGUAUUUUUUCCAGUCGGACGUCGACGUCGAUCCAAUGGAAGAGAUUGGGGUUGCGCCAGAGCCGAAGGUAUUCCAAUCCAAACAAGAACAGCAGCGCGAAGCGGCGCGGUUGAAAAUCAACACGCUCCCUGCUGAGCUGACGAACGGCCAGAAGACUUCGAUCACAGCAGCGCAAGAUCAGGUGCACAGGGCUGCCAUCGAGGAGGAGGCGUUCAUAAAUAAAGAAGAGAAGCGAGUUUCGGAAUCCGACUACUAUGUCCUGCAACAGGCUUUCGCAGGAGGGGACAAUCGAUCCGGACCACCAGUCGACUUGUGUAUGCGGCUCUUGCUAGCGACCCAACGUGAGGACGGUCUCUACAAGUCGCCAUUGCUCGAGAAAUUUGUCACAUCUCAUUUCUACCAUUACCAGAUCUCUGGCGCCGUUGGUAUCAUUCUUAAGUUGUACGGACAGAUCGACGCCGAGGCCCUUCUUCUCGCAACAGAUUAUUUGCAACACCCACAAGCGAACAUGGUCCGUGAAGCUGCGGCACAGCUAAAGGACAUCUGUCUACACGGCGCAAUACUUGCGGACGAGACCGGCUUCGGAAAGACAAAACAAACAUUACUCGCGGCUGUUCUACACAGUAUCCUGUAUAUGGAAAAGGACAAGGAGGGAAACGAAUGCCAUAAGCCAGUGCUACUGGUCGUUCCGCCUACAUUAAUUAGCCAGUGGCUGGUUGAGAUUCACGAUCACUGGCCGUGUCUUAUACCAAUAUUGUCCUAUGAUGACUCUGCGUUUCGCAUGACGGAUUUGUCAGUCAUACCAGCUGGUGCAAUGAAGAAGUUCCCCAACGUUGAAUUCUUACCUGAACGCCUCAGAUAUAUCUUCGACAAGCAUAACAAAAAGGCCCGCCAGGCUAUCAUCAUAACUUCUUAUGCCACUCAUCGACAGCGUACAGGGCGCGUGGAGGAAAGCCAAGUUCCAGGAAAACCUUAUGAAACGCGGACUGUCUGGACAACCCCUUUUAAACGCAAGUUUUCCCUUCUGCUAGCGGACGAGGCGCAGAAGGUCAAGAACCCUGAGACAAAUACCUGGGCAGUCCUCAGAGUCCACGACUUUCCCAAGAUCAUACUUGCUACGGCAUCUCCCAUGUUCAACGCAGCCAAGGACUUGAUCGGUCUAGUCGGCUUAUUAUGGCCAGCAGCCCGUAAGGCCCUACUAUCGUACCUUGAUAAGCAUCCCGAAGACGUUGAGACGCACGAAGAAAUACAGGACAUUGGCACAGAGGAUAUGGCGACAGUCCUGCCUGAUCUUGAUCCAAUAAGCCCUAUUCGUAUUGAGCUACUGAACGCGCAAACUCUGAAAGGAAUGUUCAGGCGCCGUGAAAAUAGUCUACAUCUGCGAGUGGCUGCGCGGUUCCGAGAUAUGUUGGAUGUGAUUAGUAUCCAGCGCUCCCAGGGGUCCACACUCCCCAAUGCGUCAGGCGAGCCCAUUAGCUUGAAGCCGCUUUUCAAAAAAGUCACUUACAAGACUGCGACCGUCAGUCUGCCCCCUAUUGAAGAGCUGGAGUAUCAAAUAUGGCAUAGAGCUAGUGCAGAUGAGUUCGCUGCAGAGGUCAAGAAGCAGAAGGCACAGAAAAGGGGCGACGUACUUUCACCCGAUGGCCCAGUCCCUGCGAACAACCAACAUCCUACGCAGGCUCAGCGAAGCUUCAUGGCUGCACCAGGCGCCCUACACAAGCUCGGCAUUGCAAAUUUCGCAACGAAGAUGGCAAGACUAAACGCUGUAAUGGAAAGCGUCAAGGGCGACACCUAUGUGAGGUCCAUCCGAGAUUGGAGAGAGAGGGGACUCGAUGCCCAUUUUAUUUAUGAUCUCACGCGGGGAGAGGGUGUACCGUCGGCGCAGACAGCAGAUUCGCUUAUCAUUUACCUCACUCAGGGCUCUCCGGUCUUACGGCUGGUUUUUCAAGAGCUUCUUACCGUGAAGGCCUUGGACAGGGUCAAUAAAGCUGCUUAUGGCCAUCAUCAGAAGCUUAUCGUCGGCGAAACAACGCCUGCCAAUGCGUUUUAUCUUCAACAGGUCUUGAGAGCAUGCCUGAUUGAUGCACGAGUUUUUCACGCCGAUCUCUCGCACCAGGCCAAGACUAAAAUGGUAGACUUGUUCAAUGACGAGUAUAGCACACUUAGGGUGCUUAUUAUGCUAUACGAUGUCGGUGCAGUUGGCUUGAACUUGCACAAAGCAUGCAAUCGCGUGGUCAUUGCGAGUCUUCCAAGAAGUCGGGCACAAGAGAGUCAGCUCGCUGGCCGUGCUCUCAGGAUCACGUCCGAGUUUCCUCUGACCGUUGUUAGAAGAGUUACUCCAAAUUCGCACGAUCAGUUUAGAGGUGUCAGGCAAGCAGAAAAGGCAGCCUUACAACUUGCCGCCAACGCCCGUGAACCUUCUAUUGCGCAGCUUCUGGUGAAUCUGCUAAACGAGUUCCAGAAAGAUGUCGAUCAGUUCCACCUGUUGAGUGACUCGGAGAAAGUUCGGGUCACUGUACCCGUCGAAGACAAGCCAAAGUCGCCUUCCAAGGACAGGAACAAGAAUACUACGCCUAUCAAGAAGGAGGUGGCCUCUGCGUCUACUCCUACUAAGAACAAAAAGCCCAAGGUCUUUGAGCUUCAAGCCUCCCCCAACCCCUCUAAAUCCAGGAAUCUUCGAGACCGGACGCGAAAAUCAGCCUACGAUGAGAGUGGCGAUGACGACGGCCUCUUCUUCAGAACUAAGGAUCCAGAAUAUAUCGAUACAGGAGGAGAAAGUUCUGAUGAUGAAUACGAUCUUAUGGAGGCAGGGCUUUCAGAGCCUGAUGCCACCUCGGCUGAAGAUGAUGAUUAUCUCGAAGAUGAGCAAGAUGAUGAAGAUGAAGAUGAGAAAGAUGAGGAAGAUGAUGGAGACACCUCAAACGUCGAUGUUUCCCUGUUAGACGACAAGCCAAACGACAUUACAAGGCAUAGACAAACCCUCCUUAAGCAAGCACCCGGAAAAGUGCGGACCGAAACGGACCUUGCGGAGGAAGACUCUCUGGUUCUCGGACUCCGGCUGCUGUACAACAAGAUCAAUGGGCUGGAGCUGCUGCAUUUGGAAAAGUCCAUCCAUAUCCAUUACAAGCAGUUUCCGAAGAAAACAGUCGCCCGGGUUAAGAAGCUCAAACAGCCGAACGAAGAAAAUCAGGCAAAGGCAAGGGAGAAAGGUCUUUGAUUGAAAAAUCUACACUUUGGUUUAGGGUUACUGGUGAUCUAUGUUUACACUUCUGUAUUCUGGCAUUUAGAUAGCCAAGAUCUUGGUCCCGCUUGAACCAUCCAUGUAUUUCGCUGCCAGGUGGGUGCCAGUUUUGUGGUCAUGUUGGGCUAUGCAGUAGCUAGCUAUGUACGGCUUCAGUGCCACAUAUUAUCGACUUUGUGGAUCUUGAAGUGCCCAUGGCUUUGCUUUUUUUUCAACUCUGUCGGAUUAUACCUGGAAUCACCCCAACUACUCUCACCAUCCUUGCCGUAUACUGGACUAGAAUCAUGGCACUUAAGCAAAGACUAGGAUGAGGAG